GUAACCAGGGACGUGGAUGGAAUGCCGAUCUACAAGAAGGGGGACAAUUUGAGGUUGUUCAUGAGGGAGUUGAGGAUUAUGCCUUCAGGAGGGAGUGGGACACCCCUACCAUGCUGCUCAGAGUGACGGGUGUGGGGGAGUGUCAAUUGAAAAUUGAAGAGAUUACCACCGACUGCCUGGGGUGGAUGACCUUUAAAACGGAGAUGUGGGCUGAAUAUGAGAAUCUGAGGAAAGAGGAGAUCGAGGAUGAUAUCAUUUUCGAUGGGGCCGAAUGUGGAAGACUUCGAGGACAGCAUUGCUCUGUGUGCAGAGAGAAAAUGGUGGAAGGAAGAGGAGAAGUUGAAACAGGUAAUGACAAGAGUGAACCCCAGGGAAUAUGAGAAUGUAAGGAAGAUCAAGGAGGAAUCAAAUACCUGGGGAGGAUUUUUUGGCAAGUUCAGAAGAACUUACACCCUAGUCGUGCAGAGACAGAAGAAAAAACAGUUACUUCAAGAGCAGGGAUUGUGGAUAGGAAGAAGAGGAGAGAGGCUGGAGAGAAAGGGUCAACAGGAAAUUGAUGAAGAUGAUGUGACCCUUAAACAAGUACUUGACAAUAAGAGGACAACAACUCAGAAGGGAAAUGGGUCAGCAAGCAAGAUCACAAGAGUGCAAAAAAAGGGAAGGAGCAGGGAGAAGAAGCGAAGUAAGGAAGAAGAAGAAGAAAGUGAGCAAGACAAAGAGGGAGAAGAAGAGAGGAAAGAGGAAGUGGAAGAGGUAGCGAAGGGAAAAGAGGAAGUAAAAGAGAAUGAGAAGGAGGAAGAUGAGAAGAAUCAAACAGGGAGAGAGACAGGAACGACAGCAGCUGAGAAUCCUCUCAAAGAACCAGCAUCAAGGAGAACGACCAAGGAGGAGAGAGAAAAGAGGGAGGAAAGAAAAUAAGGAAUGGAGGAACAAAAUGAUCGCUUCAAUGAAAGAAGAUGAACUACCUGCAGAUGUCCCUUGGAGUUUGACGAUCGAGAGGAUCUUGUUGACUGAAACAAUUAAGGGCUCUAAGUUGGCAUCAGACAGGUUAAUUAAGUUGCAUGAGCUACUUCGAGAUGACUGUGAGUGGAUCCUUGAGUGAGAAGCAGAGGUGGCAGAGAAAUUGGAGGACGCCGGAAAGAGUCGGAGAGGGAAUGACGAGGCUGAAAAGUUGGAGACUUCAUUGAGAGAAUUCAAAAAAAGGAUAAAAGGGAAGGAUAAAUUACUCAUUCAAGG